CAACUCAAUAUCAGAAACAAAAACAAUUUAAAAACGGGCAGAAGAUUUGAAUAGACAUUUUCCAAAGAGGAUAUACGGAUGGCCAACAGGCACUUGAAAAGCAUCGAAGAGAUGCGAAUGAAAACCACAGUGAGAUAUCACCUCACACCUGUCAGAAUGCCUACCAUCAAAAAGACCAUGAAUAAGAAUUGUUGACGAGGAUUUGGAGAAAAGGGAACUUUUGUGGACACUGUUGAUGGGAAUGAAAAUUGGUGCAGCCACUAUGAAAAACGGUAUGGAGAUUCCUCAAAAAACUGAAACCAGAACUACCCAUAUGAUCCAGCAAUUCCAGUCCUGGAUUUGUAUCCAGAGAAAAUGAAAACACUAAGUAGAAAAGACAUAUACGCUCCAGUGUUUAUGGCAGCAUCAUUAGCCAAGACAUCAAAGCAACCUAAGUGUCUAUCAACAGAUGAAUGAAUAAAGAAGGAAACUUUGCCGGCUAUAACUGUGGAGACUGCAAGUUUGGCUGGACCGGCCCCAACUGUGAUCAGAAGAAACCACUGGUUGUCCGGCAGAAUAUCCAUUCUUUGACCGCUCAGGAGAGGGAGCAGUUCUUGGGCGCCUUGGACCUUGCGAAGAACACCCCACACCCUGACUACGUGAUCACCACGCAACACUGGCUGGGCCUGCUCGGGCCCAACGGCACCCAGCCACAGAUCGCCAACUGCAGCAUUUAUGAUUUAUUUGUGUGGCUCCAUUAUUAUUCAGUUAGAGAUACAUUAUUAGGACCAGGGCGCCCCUAUAAGGCCAUAGAUUUCUCACACCAAGGACCUGCCUUCGUUACCUGGCACCGCUACCACUUGCUGUGGCUGGAAAGAGCUCUCCAGCGGCUUACUGGCAAUGAGUCCUUUGCUGUGCCCUACUGGAACUUUGCCACCGGGAGGAACGAGUGUGAUGUGUGUACAGACCAGCUGCUUGGGGCAGCAAGACCAGACGACCCGACCCUGAUCAGUCAGAACUCCAGGUUCUCCAGCUGGGAAAUUGUCUGUGACAGCUUGGAUGACUACAACCGCCGGGUCACCCUGUGUAACGGAACCUACGAAGGUUUGUUGCGAAGGAAUCAGGUGGGAAGAAACAGCGAGAAACUGCCAAGUUUGAAAGACAUAGAAGAUUGUCUGUCUCUCAAGCAGUUUGACAAUCCUCCUUUCUUCCAGAACUCUACCUUCAGCUUCAGGAAUGCCUUGGAAGGGUUUGAUAAAGCAGACGGGACCCUGGACUCUCAAGUGAUGAGCCUUCAUAAUUUGGUUCAUUCCUUCCUAAACGGGACAAGUGCUUUGCCGCAUUCUGCUGCCAAUGAUCCUGUUUUCGUGGUCCUUCAUUCCUUUACCGAUGCCAUUUUCGACGAGUGGAUGAAAAGAUUCAGUCCCCCUGUGGAUGCCUGGCCUCAGGAGCUGGCACCCAUCGGUCACAAUCGAAUGUAUAACAUGGUUCCUUUCUUCCCUCCGGUGACGAACGAGGAACUCUUUCUAACCGCAGACCAACUUGGCUACAGCUAUGCCAUUGACCUGCCGGUUUCAGUUGAAGGAACUCCCGAUUGGACCACAACCCUUUCAGUGGUUAUGGGGAUGCUGGUGGUUUUGGUUGGUCUUUCUGCGCUGCUGCUUUUUCUUCAAUAUAGAAGACUUCGAAAAGGAUACACACCCUUAAUGGAGACACAAUUAAGCCACAAGAGAUACACCGAAGAAGCCUAGAUGCUCACGCUUUAGCUGGAGAAGAGGCUCCCAAGCUGUAGUUGUGACCCUGACUGUGAGCAGACAUAUCCUCACCUUUGCUCCUUUAGUUGGAAAGCUUUGUAUUGUUCCUCCUGUUGCGGUGACGCUCCCAAGUACAGAAGAUGCCUAGCUGAAGUUUGCAUGCUUAACCAACAAGCUAAAGGGCUGGAGGGUAUCUCUGCCAUCAAAGCAAGGGAGAACUGAUGAUAUCUGAAAACAAUGCUCCAUAUUGAUUAAGCCUCCUCAAGUUUUCAGGCCACCCCAAAAGUCAAUAGAGUAGAUUCAGUGAAAUUUGCAGGUCAGUGUCAUUGGAGACUUGGAUGAGAUCAUGGUUCAGUCUUUCUUGGCCCACGGGUCUUCAUGUGUGAAGGCAUGGGGGAGGAGGAGGGCAGGUGCUACAUGGGUCUCCAAGGUCUCUUUUCGAUAUGAACAGCUCUGUUUUUAUUUUAGCUUUUUUGGGGCUGCACCUGCAGCAUAUGGAGUUUCCCAGGCUAGGGGUCAAAUUGGAGCUGUAGCUGCUGGCCUACACAGCAGCCACAGCAACACGGGACCGGAGUCUUGUCUGUGACCUACACCACAGUUCACGGCAACGCCGGACCCUUAACCCGCUGAGCGAGGCCAGGGAUAGAACCUGCGUCCUCAUGGAUGCUAGUCAGAUUCGUUAACCGCUGAGCCACGGUGGGAACUCCAGCAGCUCUGCUUUUAGAUGCCUUCCUGAUCAUCUUCCUGAGGCUUCUUCUUCUUUUCUCAGUUUUUUCCUUUCCAGCCUUUAAAUUGGCCUGGAAGAUGAAAAUAGGCCUUAUUUUCCAUAUAAGAUGGAGAAGGAAUGAAUGAUCAGUUUUAUUCUCUUUUGUGAACUAGACUUUACAGAUUUUGUCAAAAGUCUGCAGUUCUUAACAGACUUAUCAUGAGGUUCAAUAGCUAGAUAAACAUCAAUCCUAUAGCAGUAAAUGAGUAGGUGAGGGAUUAAAUUAUAGAGCUUUCUGUUUCGUUAAUAUACUUGCUUUAAACCUAUUAACAGUUAUAGUGUGGCUCUCUCCAGGUAAGGCUGCCUGAAGAAGGGUGUUGAGCCUAUAAUCCUGAACACGUGCUCUGAAGUCUCAUUCCUUUACCAGGCAGCCUCCGAUGAAAAAUUAUCCACAUGUAAUGCACUGGCUUCUUUUUAAGAGUCGAUUUCGGAUUCAUUAAGGCUGUGCAGUGCUAACAGUUACUCGUGAAUGCUAAUCAAUUCAGUCUUGUUGUUUAAAAGAAAGCCAUUCAUACAAAACAUAACAAUUCAGAAUUAAAUGGUUGUGAGCCGCUAAGUAAUCUUCAGAUCAUGAGAGAGAAGAAUGAGGCAGUCUUCAAAAGAUGUUUAGACUCAUCAACACGAUCCCUACUUCUGAGAAGUUAACUGUUUUUGAGAUUUCAAGGCGGUUUCCUCUGUUCAUAUCAGGUACCUCUACAUUAUCAGAUAAGAGUGAGGCCAAAGUUCAAGAAGGUGGCCCUUCCCUGCAUUCGUUUCAGACGCUCUCUACUGGAUUGCAUGUGUGUAACGAAUUGGAACCCUGAGAGCUGCCUUUUGUAAUGUGGGGUGGUGGGGGUACUACCCCCAGGAUGCAAGAUUUACCAGGCCCCCGUGUUAUCCCCUAGAAUAAGACUGCGGAAGCUAGGGAAAUGGACAAAGCUUAGUGUGGACUGAAUUUGAGUCUGGGUGAGUCUCAUAAAAUAUAUCUGAGAGUAGGAUCAUCAGAUGAGAAUCAAGACAGCCUAGAGUCCUGGAUGGGGUGAAGCUCUGCUUAGACCUUUUUAGCCACGGCCGUAUGCAUAGAUCCCAAUGGAAAAUUUCAGCAUUGCGUCAUUAACAUAGUCCUUUCUGGAAGCUUUAUGCUCUGAGCUCAGGGUUGUUGGGGAACACAUUUUUACAUCUUGUUUUGAAACCAAAAGAGACAUAUGCUAAAAUGAAGAUAUAACUGUGCAUGGUAGGUAUGUUCCUAAAAAGUUGUGUAUAAAUCAGUUAUACAUUAAAAGCACCAGGGGAAAUUACUUUUUAUAGAUGAACUAUUAUGAAUAAUUCUAUAAGGCACAUAACCACCUCUGGCUUAUCUUUCAGGUAUAUCAGAAUUUUCAUACAUCAUAUUAAGAUUUGUUUAAAAGCAAGAUCUAUCUGCAGCAGAAAUAAAGACUAACCAUUUAUACUUAGCUCCUUUAUCUAUGGUGCGUGCAACUUUUUAUAAAUAUUAUGUUUUAUGAUGUCUUCCUAAAAGAAAUAAUUUCCUGAUUUUGUAGUUCAUAUUAGAAGAAUAAAGUUUUCUAGCAUUUUCUAACAUUGCAAUAAAUCAACGAUGAAUGGCUUUCAGCAGAUCUAAAGGUGGAAUAAACCUGUAGAGUAAAAAAGUUGGUAUUUACUUACUGUGAACAUUAUGCAAAUAAACUCAGAAAAUAUCACUGAGCAUUGUAUGGCUAUAUAUCUCAAUGAUGGGAGGAAAAUUCCACCUUGAAGAUGAUAGAUUGUUUUAUGAGCUUCUACCCGCAGUUUUAGAAAAUUUGUAUAUGAAUUAUGAUUUUAAAAGAAGUGCUUGUAUAAAAUGAACAUUCAGACAUUUAGAAGUGAAAUCCAGUAACAUCUUUCCUUUGUGGAUUACAUUCUCUUCUAAUUCUAAAAUUCUUUGACAUGAGUUUGUGUCUGUCUUAGGGUUUUAACAUUGUUAAUUAUAAUAAUCCUAAUGAAUAAUUUUAAUCGCACAUUAACUUAUAUUCUGAUCUCACAAUAACAUUGUAUUUUACUUAUAAUGGCAGUUCAAGAAGUAGAAAACUUAUUAAAGAGGAAAAUGAAAUCAAA